AUUGGUGGAGCGAGACCCUCCCUCCUCCUUUUUAAAAGCCCACUUUUACCUGAACUUUUACUGCAGCUCCUCUUCCAUCCAGCCUCCUGUCUGCUUCAAAUUAAUUCACUUAUUGAAGCAAACAAACAAAUAAUAAAAGAAUCCUCGUCUGGGAAGCUGUGAAUCAGUCUUUCUGUAAAGGUAACCGGUUCUGGGAGGUGUUCACGAAAGAAGCAAUUGCUGUCGCGCCAAGUGUAAAGUCUGAUCUCAACUCCUGAACUAUAAUCUUGCUUUGUACCACGAUGCCGGGAAUUGUGGACCGCAUGGAGCUAAGGAGAAUCUCCACAGGAGCUGAUGACGAAAGCUUGGAGAGCUUGGACCACUAUACAGAGCCCACCGACUCCGACAAGGGCACCGUGAACAGUCAGUUUGUGGGCGACAAUGAUGACACAGAAAGUCAAAACUUCCUGGCAAACGGGAUGCUGAAAAAGCAGAAAUACGACGAAUACCAUGAAGAAUAUCACCCCGGCCACACCUCCUUUGGCAUGUCCGUCUUCAACUUGAGCAAUGCUAUCAUGGGUAGCGGCAUUCUGGGUCUGUCCUAUGCCAUGGCGAACACAGGCAUUGUGCUUUUUACAAUCCUGCUCAUCGCAGUGGCCAUUCUGUCUUUAUACUCGGUGCAUCUGCUCCUCGUAACGGCGAAAGAAGGAGGUUCCCUCAUUUAUGAAAAGCUGGGAGAGAGAGCAUUUGGUUGGCCGGGGAAAAUGGCAGCAUUUGGAUCAAUUAUUAUGCAAAAUAUCGGAGCUAUGUCCAGCUACCUGUUUAUUGUAAAGUACGAGCUACCUGAAGUGAUUCGUGCCUUCUUGGGUUUACAAGAAAACUCCGGUGAAUGGUACCUCAAUGGUAACUACCUGGUGGUGUUUGUGUCAAUUGGCGUCAUUCUGCCGCUGUCGCUCCUAAAAAAUUUAGGGUACCUGGGUUACACCAGCGGCCUUUCUCUGUCAUGCAUGGUCUUCUUCCUGGCUGUGGUGAUCUACAAGAAGACCCAGCUGCCUUGCCCUCUUCCUUUCUUGAACCAACAUUCGGCGAACCUCAGUAUGAAUGCUUCAGACAUACCCGGGUUGUAUGCGCUACAAGACAGAAGCGAGCACAUGGAUUUCUCCAGGGCGGGCGUGUCGCCCACACCCCUCAGCGACCAUGACGCUCAUCACUCCACAAACGUCCACUUCGAGCCUCACCCUGACGCCGAGGACAUGUGCACGCCCAAAUACUUUGUAUUCAACUCGCAGACGGCGUACACCGUGCCCAUCAUGGCCUUUGCCUUUGUCUGCCACCCGGAGAUCCUGCCUAUCUACAGUGAGCUCAGAGAUCGCACAAGGAGAAAGAUGCAGAACGUCUCCAACCUGUCCAUUUUGGCCAUGCUUGUCAUGUACAUGAUGUCAGCACUGUUUGGAUACCUCACCUUCUAUGAAAACGUGGAGGCAGAGUUGCUCCACACCUUCACUAAAGUGUACAAGUUCGACACCUUGUUGCUGUUGGUGCGUUUGGCCGUGCUGACAGCUGUCACACUGACGGUUCCCAUCGUGCUGUUCCCUAUCCGCUCCUCCAUCAUCACGUUGCUGUUCAGUGGCCGAGAGUUCAGCUGGUUGCGCCACAUGUUGAUCGCCGCCGCCAUCCUGGUCUUCAACAACGUGAUGGUUAUCUGUGUUCCCACCAUCAGAGAUAUCUUCGGCUUCAUUGGCUCCUCUGCAGCCACCUUGCUCAUCUUCAUCCUACCUGCUGCCUUUUAUCUUCGCCUGGUGAAGUCUAUACCGUUCAGGUCCCCGCAGAAGAUUGGAGCGCUCAUCUUCCUCAUUGUGGGGAUCAUCUUCAUGAUUGCCAGCUUAUCACUCAUUGUACUCGACUGGGUUCACCACCCGCCUGGCUCUGCUGGACAUUAAGCACGUCCUACAUUUCAGAUUUACAUUUUGGAGAGAACAGCCAGCCCAGCAACACCACCGUGUAUCUUCACCCACUGAAGUUUGCCUCAGCUGGUCCAACAUUUAGGAAUGGGUCUGUGCUUCCUGAAGCGACAAAUCAUAGCUAUUGCCCAGAAAACUUUGACACAUGAACAUGAUGUGCAGAAACGGGUUAAGCCAUCAUCAAUUUUUCCAUUUGGAAAAACACCCCAGAGGGGAAGUCUUUAGCUGGGGUUCUUUUUUCUUUCUCAUUUUUUUUUUCUUUGUUGCUGUAAAGUUCUGGAUGUACCACAGCCUUCGUCACCAUCAUCAAGGAGUCUGAGAAAGCACAUACUGUGCAGUCCUCGCCUGAAGCAGGUCAGUGAACUGCAGUUUGCCGAGCUGAAAACCACAAUAAGGGUCCUUCAGUCCUCUGAAGAAGACAGGUGAAGGUUUCAGCCCGUCCUCCUCAGUGAAGUCAGGAGCACUUCUGGCUUUCAGUUGCACAUGCAUGCAAACAUAUCUGCAAGUACCUUCCGUUAAAUGUUUCUCCAAAAAUAAUUGGAUUAGUCAAACAACAGCUAAUCUGUGACUUUAUUCAAUCAUGUAACUCACGUCAGUUUUUUUGUUUUUUUUUGGAAAAUUGCUGCUUUGUAACAAAUGAACAAUCUGAAGAUUUGCCAAAGUAUGCAUGCACAUAGUUUAAGUUUCAAAUGUCUCAUCUUAGAUGUCAUCGCAGAGCUUCCCAGUUCCACUGUCUCAUUGUCACCUGCACAUACUUGUGUUCAUCCGGCCAUCAGUGCUUUAAGUUAUAUAACAGGUUGAUG